AUGGCGACAAGUUUGUUCUAUGUUUUGAUUUGUCUCCUUGUCCUUGUAGUAACAAAAUUGCCUUUUGUAGUUGAAACAAGACGUCUAGCACACCCCAAGACUCAAUACUCCAAUUUCCUUACCGAUCUUGAAGGUCUGAGCAAGGGCCAGACAGCCAAAGGGAUCCCCGAGCUGAGACACUACCUCAAGAGAUAUGGAUACUUGAACAACGAAUACAGUCGGGAUGAUAACAACGAAGAAUUAUAUGACGAGGUUUUGGAGUCUGCAGUAAAACUUUAUCAGACAUUUUUCAAAUUGAAUGUUACUGGGAAGCUGGAUUCAGAGACCAUUAAAGUAAUGUCAAAGCCAAGGUGUGGAGUAGCUGAUAAUCCUGUUCAAGUACUGUCGAAGAGGAAGCUGAAGGAGGAGGCCGUGGAUGGCACACAACAACACAACUUCAUCAAUAUAGUUGAGGACUACGCAUUUUUUGAGGGAAAACCAAAGUGGCCAUAUACUCAAAUCAGAUACAGAGUCGACUCUGGCAUUCAAUAUCCAGAAGGUAUAAAUGAAACGCAGUUCAAAACUGCUUUAGAAAUAACAGGAAUAGUAUAUACAGAAAAUUGCGUUUUGCAAAUUGAGGAAGCUUUAGAGGGUCAUCCACCUGACGUCAGGACGGGUUUCUAUAGAGGUGAUCACGGUGAUGGUUAUCCGUUCGCCGCUUCAACUUUAGGCCAUGCUUUUUCGCCAACUGAUGGAAGGAUGCAUUUUAAUGCCGACCAAGAUUUUAGCAUCAACGAUCCAAUCGGCCCAAAUCAAUAUGACCUCGUGUGGACAGUUAUGCAUGAAUUUGGACAUGUUCUUGGACUUGCCCAUACUCAAGUCGGAAAUGCUAUCAUGUAUCCAACGGCUGAUCCUGGGGUCAUGAAAAGGUAUUUGAGCGAAGAUGAUAUUCAAGGUAUAACUACUUUAUAUCCUUGGCCGCCUUUUUAA